GUGGUAUCCAUGGAGACGAAGGCAACGUUCAGUAGCUCUACAGAUAGGGAAACAUGGCGGUGUGUUUUGCUCCUAGUUAUGUUUAUGUUUAGCAGAGACCAUUUUACACAAUGGACCUGCCGGAAACUAUCAGAAGACGUUUAGAAGACUUUUCACGAAACGUGUUAUUUGACCAGAGCCGGAUUCAGCCUCACACAAAAGAGAAUGACACGUUUUUGCCACAUGAUAAGCGGGUUCUGUCAAGUCUCCACCUCCAGAUGUCUCUGUACUUUAACAUGUGGUUCUUCCCCUUGUGGUGGAUCAGUGAAAUUGUAAUGCUGCAACUCAAGUACCCUGCCUUGCCCGAUUACUACAAGUUCAUCCUUGUCACUAUUCUCAUCGUGAUGACUCUCAUUGAGGCCAUUAGGCUUUAUCUUGGCUAUGCUGGGAACCUCCAAGAAAAGGUCCCCGAGUUGGCAGGAUUCUGGCUGUUGAGCAUCAUUCUGCAGUUUCCACUAAUCCUGUUUCAGCUCUUCAACGAAGCCAUUCUCAUACAGCCCCUGGAGAGGGGCGUUCACAUAGUUCUUGCCAUAUUUAUACUCACACAGGCUGUCUUUGGUUUUGUGGCACUCCGGGACAUGGUCAGACACACAGAAAGCCAAUUUCAUCUCAGACAGUUUGACUGAAAUCUGAAGCUCUGACUACCCUGCCGCAUCCGGACACACCAGGAUACAUCAGUACUGCCAGCGACUUUGUGUAUUAAGCACAGUAUAUGGGAUAUUUCCUAUCCAUGACUGACCACUAAAGAUAAAAAUGUAUGCGCAUCUUUAUUUUUGUAUUUUAUUCACAUUAUAAGAUCAUGGAAUUGUAUUGUUUUUGUAAUUGAUGAUAAACAGGCAGCCUGUGUAUCAUCUAUAUGGCAUGUAAUGCAUCAUGGACUUGUGUCGGUGUACGCUUACUGGUUUGCCAUUAGUAAAUCUGGUCCUUAUCAAAGUCAACAUUGCAGAACACAUAUUAGCAGGCAAAAAAACCCCAGUUUUUACAGAUUUUAUAAUUGUAGCAAAAUUUCAAGGGGAUAUACAAUUUUAUAUCAAAUAAACAUUGCCAUUUAACA